UGAUAAACCAAUUGGUUAGACAUAAAAACAUUUGCAUUACCGAGCCCUCUUGAAAGCGUUACAAGAGUUGCAGUGCACGAGACAUUGGUUGGACUCUCUUAUAAGACUUUUUCAGAAUUUGAGUUGACUGAAGCAGCUAAAAUGAACUGCGACGAGGUUCCAGGCUGGGAUAACUCUCUGAGCGAUGCGCUGAUGUUUCCCAACGGUGGUGGAGGCCCUCGAUCCGUGGACAACACUCAAGUAGUUCCAGAUCUUAAUGAGAGCACCCUAAGUGGAGACAUUCAGAUGAUGAGUUUGGACUGCCCAGUCGUAUCGCCGGAGGAUCUGACCAAACAAAGAAGCGACAGCCUCGGCAGUUUAAGCUCUUGGAAGAGUUGCUCCAGUCUGACUUCUGGCUAUCAAUCAGAUGAUACUCACUGGAGUACGGUGAGCUCCCCCAAGUAUCUGGGUAUGGACGAAGAACUUCCCUCUUCCCCAGCUGGUAGUACUCUUUUAAACUUAGACGGCAUCUCAUCUCCAAAUGUGCUGGAGUCUCUUGGCCCUACAGCUGAAGGUCUAUCCAGCUCAGGCGCAGAUUGGAUGCGUUGCUCACCUUCUACCUGGACAAAGGCUCAAGUACAGAGCUGGCUGAGGUGGGCCUGGAAGCAUUACAAUAUCCCGGGAGAGUAUGACCUGGGGAAACUAGACCUUACUGGUCUAGAGCUUUACUUCUCUCCAAUAGAAGAGUUACAAAACCGUUCAGAACAUGGAGGUCUUCUGUACGAUGCCUUCACUCAGUUACAAUUGGAUAUUCCCCAGUGGGAAUAUAACAGUACCUUCUAUGAAGGAUUUUAUGAUCCGUUAAGUGACGAGAUCGUUAACUAUCUUGCUGAGCAAGGUUUACUUAAUAACGAGCUUGAAGAUCUUGAUUUACAAGACUUGGCAAAGCUUCUUGAUGAUUCAGAAAAUGACGAAUCUUUUAAUGAAGAUGAGACACAUGCUGAGGGAGAAAAAGAUGUCAGAGUGAAAAGUGACAGCGAACUAAUUGAGGGUGCCAACGAUACAAUAACCUCGUCGAGCAGUUCUUUCGUACCCUCCAAGAACUCCACGGCAGGUGGUAUUGGUCCGGUAUCCAGGCCCCAACCAAAUCUGCCACUGAGUUACCCCGUAGCCGGAUACCCUGCUCAAACCAACACUGCUUCUAAUGGCUUCUGCGCUUCUCGCCUGUGGCCGCCAAACGGGAACUUCCCGCCGUGUGUUCCACCAAUCAACGGAUACACCCACCAACGCCAGCCUCAGCGCAACAUGCCGGAACUUCACAGGAAUCGUGAUCUCCCCCCGGUGCCCCCACUGAUUCCCUCCCCGACCAGUCCGUUGGAUAACUUCCCAAGGACGCCAUUGCAGACGCUGUCGUUGGCGGCGAGUUUCUUCGCGAAAACUGACGCGCUGUUUGAUGCGGCUUCACAGCCUAAGAAGGCCUCAGCCGAGGAGCGCGUGAGAACCCGAGAUGGGCUUUAUGAUGAGCCAUUCUCCGCUGGUAGUCUUCUUAACAACGGGGCUUCACCUCCCGACGCGAAGAAACCAAAACUGGAGGGCUCGUUUGCACCGCUCAGUAAGAUGCCGCCCAACGGGGCCCCACCGCCUAUGAGGCCGUCACCAGCCGAACACCAUGUGCCUUUCCCGGCGAGUCUUUCCCCCAAAUCGUGUGCGGACAGUGAGCUGGAUUAUGUAGAAGAGCGGGUAUCACCCUCUCCGCCGGCUUCUCCGUACGGGAGCGGCUCGCCCUCGCAGAGGGGAUGCGACUCGCCUGUUGCCCGCAGGAGAAACAGCUCGAGUUCAACGGAUUCUGGCACCGAGGAGGCGAAAGAUGGUAACCAUAAUCGCAGCGAAUCGUCCUCUAAAAGUUCUAAUUCCAGUUCACCCAGUGCAAAACCCCGCGUUGGCCGAAGAAAGCAAACAAGAUCUUUACAUCUGUGGGAAUUUCUCAAAGAACUCCUGGAGAACAAGGAAACGUGUCCGCGAUACAUCACGUGGAUAGAGCGUGAGGAAGGGAUUUUCCGACUCGUCAACUCGGGCGCGGUGGCUAAGCUUUGGGGUCAGCGGAAGAAUCGGCGCAACAUGAAUUACGAGAAGAUGAGUCGUGCUUUGCGGUACUACUAUGAGAGGAAGAUCCUAGAGCGGGUCCCUGGCCAGCGGCUGAUCUACAAGUUUGCUCCUGAUACCAUGAAAGAGUGUAACUUCAGCUUCAUGAAGAAAGACGGCUGACAUAUUGGUCGGUGACUGUUAUGUGUGUGUUUUUUUUUUUUACAUGUAGUUUAGCUAUCAUACGACUUUGUGAUUUUCAAACAUUUACGGAUUUGUGAAGUCCUCUCAAACAUCCGGGAUUUACUGGAAAUAAGUAUUUCCUUUCUCUGAGAAGUGGCCGAGCCCGCGAUGUGUUUGUUACAGAGUUGCUUAGCAACAUAGAUCAAGCUUGAGGUAACCACGCAGUGGUCAAAUGCCAGGCGUUCGUGCGGUUCCCGCCAAAACUGCCGCUAAUUAUCUCAACGUUUAAGAAAUUCUGAACUUUCAAGCAAACGAACACGUUAACUUAGGCGCUUGUGCCGGAAGUAAUUUUUUGAAUUUGACUGCUGUGUGUAUUUCAAGCGAAAUUUGAAAUUUGUUUGAGAUGAAGUCACACAAUACUGAUUACUUUUGUAAAAUGAAAGUGAUUACUCAGUCAUCGGGUCUUUUGAUUCAAGAGAACCUUUUUGACUGGAAAGUUUCAUUUUUUAAAAUUGAUUAAGAAAAAAAGUGAGAAAAGAACGAUGAAAAAUGUUUAUAAAUAGCUGAUGAUUGGUCAAGAGGAAGCAUUUAGACUUCACUAUAACCCAGUAAAAUACAGCGCCCUCUGGAAGCGUUGUCUAAUUAUCACUAAUAAUCAAUCCAUUUCGACCAAAGAGUUCACUAUUUUUUGCCUCGUUACAUAUGCAAAGGUUAUGUGUCGCGGAAAGCGCUUUUGGUACGACAAUGUAAAUAUAAAACUUUCAGUCUUUUCGGCACCAUUUUCAAAGUUAGCAAUUAGGGCAAAGUAGGAACUGUCUUAAAGGCAGCUGAGAGGGAAACUUGAUUUUUUUUCUCCCUAUGUUUGCUGUGUGACGUUUUUUGCCCAAUGUUUCACAUUAUAGAUGAACUAUAAGAGUUAGUUAUUUACUUUAUUUGCUAUUUGUUGGUUUCGGUAUGCUUUCAUUGGCAGUCAUAUUGAGGUCAUGAACAACACGUCUGAUUUGACACAUGGUCGUCUCCUGAUUGAUUGUGUCUUCAUGCUUUGAGGGGCUUUGUCACGGAUGACUAAUUUUGACAAAUUUAGAUUUUUCUACGUUCGUCUUUCGUUAUUCGUUCACAUUUUCAACAAUCCUUGCACCUUUUCGGAAUCGCUGUUACCUUGAUCGUUCUUUUUUUUCCCCUUUUUUUUCAAGUUUUUUGUUCACCUAUUAUUUUGAGGUAAGCGUCCUUUUCAAGCCUAUUUUACAAACCUCAAAACGACUUUAAAUCCGUGACACAACCCUUUAAAAGUCCAAAAAAAUGUGUCGAAUCGUGUU